GUCAGUCAAAUUUUGUUUUCAACGACUGACGUAUAACUCGACUUAACGACUGAUCAGAGGGUUAUUAAUUUUUAAAUAAUAAAAUUAUUUAUACAUAAUUAAAAGAUUGCCUAUUGUUAUAUUUAUACGCACACAAUUCAAAAGGUUUAACGAAAUCUUAACCAUGCAGCAUAGAAGGGAUUGCAUGAAAACUCUGCCUCUAUUGGAAGGAGCAAAAGUGAUCGUCAUAGAUGAAGGACUGGAAGCAUUAUAUGCAAGAACGUUAAUAGCUGGUUGGAUGCGUACAUGGUUAGAGAAAGAUCAUAACUACAGUGUCGAUCUACUGUCGUUUAGCGACCCGAAAUUUUGGUACAACGACGAACCGAAAUCAUUUGUAUCCAAAAAUGUGCAACUACACGAUUAUUACAGCAUCGAUGUGGAUAAAGUAGCAAAUGAGGAUAUAGAAAAUCUCAGACAUAUACUCGAGACUGUUAAUCCACAUAAUACAGUUAUUAUUGACUGUCUGAGCUCCUUGGUCUUAUAUGUUGGUCUAACGAAAACUCUGUGGUUUAUAGAGAAGUUGAGCAAACAUGUGUCACAGUUGAUUUGCAUUUACAGAAGGGAUUUUAUACAGAACAAGAUUCCUGCCAUUGAAACGUUAGGCACUACGUACGUGAAGUUAGAGAAACACGUUGGAAUUAGUGCAAUAAACAGUCUGGUUUAUAGCACAACAUUUGUUCAUAGAAAGCCAGGUGGGUCUGUAUUAUGUCAAACAGAAGUGAUAACUCAGGACAAUGCGACUUAUCAAAUCACUACUGGAAGCAUCGUCACACCGAGCGACCACAAGGAUCAAGCAGGUACGAAUCAACCGGUGAAGAUCGAGUCAUCAUUCAGGAUAGAAAUGAACGCUCGGGAAAUGGAGCAAAGAAACAAGACGCCUUUACCUUACACGAUAAACGCAGCGAACACAUCCAGGAUACAUUAUCAGCCAGACGAUGUAGAUGACAUAGACGAAGACGAUCCUGACGACGAUUUAUGUAUUUGAAUUGAUUAAAACGAAAUAUUUAUACAAGGACUUUUUGUUAUAAUAUAUAUUUUGUAUAUAUAUUAUUUAACACAUCAAUCUGAACUUCAUUGCAUCUUUCCUGCGAUCCAGCUUCCUCCAGAUUCUGAAGCGGACUCCAAAUACUCGACAUACAUAUUACACAGGGUGCCAAAGGAGGGAAUGAUUUUCUUUUCAUCAAUAGUCCACUUCCGAUAGAAUUGUCGUGUAUUUAUUACUUAUCGCCACGACUUACAUCGUACAUGACUUACACACAUCUGUGUAAAUUCGCCUUGAUAUGAGAAAACACGAUUCAACGAGAAAUAAAUGUCUUUACAGGGAAAAAGGCGAGACGGUGGUGUUUGACUAAAGUUUCGAGAGAUAAAUAGCUACGGUGUAAUACUUGUAUUGCGAAACUAUCUACUGGCAUGCACGCAUGCUUCUCUUUGUAACCG